AGCUGUACUGGGGAACACCCCUCCCUGCCUGUCAUCUCACACUCUCUGGAAUCUGGAUCUCAACAGACUAGUUUCCUGUACUGCCGUGGAGCCAGCCGACAGGUUGCUCUGAGCAGCCCUUCUCUAGAUACCAUCGAUGACAGCCACCAGAACAAAGGCCUUGAAAAUUAUCAUCAUCGGCUCCAUAGCCGUGGGUAAAACAGCACUUCUGAACCGAUACAUCAACAACAAGUUUAAGUCUGACUACCAGUGUACACUUGGGGUAAAUGUCCUCACAAAACACAUCACAGUGGACAAUGUGACGGUCAAGCUACUGAUCUGGGACACGGGAGGGCAGGAGCGUUUCAAAGCCCUGGUGUCCUCCUUCUUCAAAGGCUCGGACGGCUGCUUGCUGGUGUUCGACGUGACCAACCGCGAUUCCUUCCACGCCAUGGAAGGCUGGAGGGACCUGGUCAUGGCCAAUGUACCGGCCGAGCAUGAGGACUUCCCCCUCGCGGUUCUGGGCAACAAAAUGGAUCUCAGCGACAGGGAGGUUACAACGGAGGAGGCCGAGGCCUGGAGUCACAGCCGGAACAUUCCGUACUAUGAAGUGAGCGCUAAGGAGGGAACGAGCGUUAGUCAAGCCUUCGAGGGCAUUGCCCGCAUCGCGCUGUCUCAGAUAUCAGAAGGCAAAGAUUUUUAUUUAACAAACUCUAUCUCUCUGGGAGACGGUGAUUCAACAGAGAGGAAGAAAUGCUGCUGAAUAUCGGGAUUUCAACGGCUCGGUUUGGACUCCAUUUGAACCAUGUGUUGGCAUCAGGCGCUCUGAGGACGCCUCUGUUUAUAUAGAAAUAUUUAUUUUUUCUAAGGAUGAACGAAACCUGCAAUUCAAUUUCUAAACUGAUAUUUAGUUAAUUUCAAAAAAUGCUGCAUAUAUUUGCAUAUAUUUGCACUUGAUCCGGUGGCGCAGCGGUGGAGUUGCUGCCUCACAGCGCCAGAGACCCGGGUUCGAUCCUGACUGCGGGCGCUGUCUGACACAGUUUGCACGUUCUCCCCGUGACCUGCGUGGAU